CUCUCUCCCAGGCCAGUAUGACUCUGACAUGUAUAACCCUGAGGAUCCCAGCCUCACCAACACCUCCAGACCAGUGUAUCGCCACAGAGUCAACGCCCAAAGACCCAACCUCAUAGGACUGACUAUGGGGGAGGACCUGCCUCCCAGAGACAGAGAUCAGAUGCCCAACAGAAUGAGGAUCGUUCUGGACUCGGCCUCCAGGAAGAGAUCUGCUGUGUCACACCACGGAGCACUGCUCCCCAAGAAACCCUGGUCCGACAAACCUAACUUCAACCAGCAGAACCUCCAGGGUGGGUUCCACAACAAGAACCCUCAGAACCAGAACCAGAAGGCUCCGUUUGGGUCAAACACCAAGCUGUCGGUCCUUCAGAUCCCCCAGGGACUCAACAACAUCUCCAAGCUUAACCAACACUUCAGCAAGUUCGGGACUAUCGUCAACCUGCAGGUAACCUAUGGUAAUGACCCGGAGGGGGCCCUGAUCCAGUUCGACAGUCACGAGGAGGCUAAGCGUGCCCUGCAGAGUCCUGAGGCGGUUCUCAACAACCGCUUCAUUAGAGUCCUCUGGCACUGUGAGGACGAGAUGGGACAGCAGGGAAUGGGACAGCAGGGACAGCAGGGAAUGGGACAGCAGGGACAGCAGGGAAUGGGACAGCAGGGACAGCAACACCAUCAACCACAGCCACUCAUGCAGGUGCAGCAGCCAGCCACUAGUCUGAAACAGUCCGUCAAAGACCGUCUGGGCCCUCUGCCUGCCGACAGCUCAGAGCCCAACCAAGACUCUCGUGUUGCCUCACAGAAUGACUUUAAAUCCAACCUAUCAAUGAAGGAGAGGCUGGGCUUCGCGUCUAAACCAGGAAGUACCCCUAGUGGACCGGCAGGAAAGGUGUUCUCCACCUCUACGGGGCUGACUAAGACAGUGUACAACAUGGCUGCUCUGAAAGCAGCUCAGAAGACGGCUCUGUUCGCUGGGGUCGCUGCUACAGAGGAGGCUAUGAAGAAUAAACAGGAAGCCCUGCGGCUCCAACAGGAAAUGAGGAAGAAGAAGCAGGAAAUCCUGGAGAAACACAUUGAGACUCAGAAGCUGUUGAUCUGUAAACUGGAGAAGAACAAGACGAUGAAGGCGGGAGACAAGGCGGUGAUCAUGACAACACUGGGAACGCUGACCAAGAGUAUUACCAAACUACAGCAAGAGAUUAAAGGGCUCUCUAACCCUUCGGGAGUACGGGGGGCGCCCAAGAGCAAGGCUCAGGCUCAGAAGGAGUUGCUGGACACAGAACUGGACCUGUAUAAGAAGACCCAGUCUGGAGAAGAUACCGUUCAGCUGAAGAUCAGAUAUACACAACUACAGUUAGAGGCAGCUAAGAGGGGGAUCCUGGCUCCAGGGCGGGGCAGAGGGGCCCAUGCUCGAGGCCGUGGGGGCCUGAGAGGCAGGGGGAGGGGAAGGGGUGGCCGGGGGAGGGGUCUCCCUGUCCACUCUACAGUAGAUCACAGACCCAGAGCCCUGGAGAUCUCUGGCUUUACGGAGACUGACCUCCAGGAUCUACUGCCACACUUUGCUCAAUUUGGAGAGUUGGAGGACUGUCAGAUAGACGAGCCAUCCUGUCUGGCUGUUAUCACCUACAGGAGCAGACCAGAGGCUGAACAGGCUGCGCUACACAGUGUCCGUCUGAACGGCAGUGAUCUGCGUCUGUCCUGGCACAAGCCUGCCGUCUCCCUGACCUCCCAGGAGCCUGAUGAGCAGGAGACGGAUCAUGACGAGUUCCAGGAAGAGUCGCUGAUUGAUGAUGCGUUGCUCCAGGACGACGACGAGGAGGAUGACGACAACGAACCCCGCCCCUGGCGCAGAUGAAGACGGCCCCUGAUUGGACGAAAUGCUAACGCAAUUUUUUUUUUUUUUCUUUGCAGUUUCUGAUUGGCUGUUUUUUUUUAUUUUAUUUUUUUAACUACUAGACUCAUUUCACAAUAGGUCAGAACCUAAACAGUUAAUUAAUUCUGUUGUGGCGAUUCAGAAUAUUUACUAGACAAAGUCACGUGGGAGUUUCAUGUAAAUAUAGUGGUUUAUUCUUCCUGCUUUUAAUUUGUAAAAGUAGUUUAACAUGAAGAUUGGUACAGUUUUUUAUUGUUUAUUUUUUUGCUUAUUGAAUUGAAAUGAAAAUGAUACUAGAUUACUUUAAGGGGAAAAACAAAAUUGACGUUGACCGAUCAGAUCAAAAUGAUGCCAUAAAAGAGUCGUUGUGUUGAAUCGCCUGAUGAGUAGAAUGGUGAACUUAACGACGGAGAGUUUUGACUGUGUGUGAUAUUAGAUUCUGCUUCUCGUGUAAAUAUUUUCUGUCUGGAUUUUAAUGAUUUGUAAUGACGAGCUUUGCUUUGGGAUUCUUUCUUUCUUGGAUUUAUUUUUGAAAUGUCAAAAAAAAAUAAAAUAAAAAACUUUAAAAUGGUCAAAAAAAUAAAUAAAAAAUUAGCUGCAAAAGAAAACGUCCUGAAAAACAAAACCCUGCAGCUGUGAUGGCAUUGAUGAAACUAAACCAAUACAAAAACAUCCCACAAAAAGAGCUGACAAAAUAAAGACCAUUUUAAAAAAUUAAAAAAUAAUAAAAAUGUUUCACAAAAA